GAGGCCCCUUGGCGCCCCAGCCCGGGAGGGCGGUUCAGUCUGGCCCUCGUGCUCUGUUUCUAGCUCCUUCCCUCACACUGGGUCUGAGAGAAAGCACCCGCGUUGCGCCGGGGCGUGUGUGAAGCGGAGACGUGGAAGCAGAGACACCACACCCUCCCGUCAGUCCGCCCACGGCGCGCGGCUCCGGCUAGGAGGCGGGGGGCGGGCUGCGCCCACGGCGAGCGCCCGCUGCCAGCCGCCCCGCUCUGACGAGGAGCCGGGCCGCGCUGGGAGGAUGCGCCGCUGACGCUGCGGGAGCCCCGGCGCCCGCGCACGACGAUGCUCCCGAGGGGCCUCCGGCCGUGGCGCCUGCUGCUGCCGCCGACGCCCGGAUCCCGAGGCCGAGCACGUCCGAGGCCGCGGCCGCCCCAGGUUGAGAAACACCUUGAUAGGAUUUUGUGCUCCUCAUACAGCCUGAGUCCCCACGUUUUGUGUGUGAAGCACUGUGGAAACCUGAAGGACUACCAGUCACAACUUUAUAGUACAGUGGCGCCACCUGAUGAAGUAACAAUUAAUUAUCGACAUGGCCUUCCUUUGAUAACACUUACUUUGCCAUCCAGAAAAGAGCGCUGUCAAUUUGUAGUCAAACCAGUACUGUCAACAGUGGGGUCAUUCCUUCAGGACCUCCAGAGUGAAGACAAAGGUGUCACAGCUGCAGCCAUCCUUGCGGCAGAUGGCAGUGAGAUUCCAGCUUCCACCUUGAUGGGGAUUUUGCUCAUGAAAGAUUUUAAACUUGUCAUUAAUAAAAUAGCAUAUGAUGUGCAGUGCCCCAAGAAAGAACAUCUAAAUAAUGAACACACCACUGAGAUGGAAAAUGUGAAAUCCUUGGUUCACAGGCUGUUCACAGUUUUGCACUUAGGAGAAUUUCAGAAAAAGAAAGAACACCAUUUACUGGAGAAAAUCGACCACCUGAAGAAACAGCUGCAGCCCCUUGAACAGGUGAAAGCUAGAAUUGAAGCUCGUUCAGAAGCCAAAACCAGUGGGCUCUUGUGGGCUGGAUUAGCACUGCUGUCUGUCCAGGGCGGGGCCAUGGCCUGGCUCACUUGGUGGGUGUACUCCUGGGAUAUCAUGGAGCCAGUCACAUACUUCAUCACAUUCGCAAAUUCCAUGGUCUUUUUUGCAUACUUUAUAGUCACGCGGCAGAAUUACACUUACUCAGCUGUUAGGAGCAGGCAGUUUCUUCAGUUCUUCCAUAAGAAAUCACAGCAGCAACAUUUUGACGUCGAGCAGUACAACAAGUUAAAGGAGGAUCUUGCCAAGGCUACAGAAUCCCUGAAACAAGUGCGCCAUUCUCUCAAUUGGAGAAUGAAAGUAGAGGAGCUCCGUGAGAAGAAUUAAUCUUAACGUUUUUAAACCUCAUUGGAUUUCUCCAUGUGUUGAUUGUAUACCUUACAAAUGACAUGCGUCUCAUAGUUCAUUUCAAUCUUUCAGUUUUUAGUUAAUAAAUUCUUGUAAAAAAGUA